CCCAGACCGGGGCAGGGGCGGCGCCCGCGCACCCGGAAGAGUCUGUGCGCCGAGGCCAAACAAAGCCCUAGAGCAGCGACGUGCGCGCCCCUGAAGGUCACCUAGGCGACCAGCUCGGCCAGACCCACAGCGUCUGGCAACCUAGACCAGCAGGGCAGAAGAUGGAAGAACCGCUCAAAGAGGCUCCUCCGGAGUCCUUGGGACCUGAAAGCACAGCCAAGUCCCCAGAUGACAGCAGGACAGACAACCAGGAAGACAACUGGCAAAACCAGCAUGAAGAAGAGGUAGAUGACCAGAAUGAUCACAGAAGGGCUGAGCAGGCUGCCCAAAGAGUGUCUGGACAGACUGACCAUAAAGUAUAUGAACCCACUGGUGGCCAAACAUCUGACCAGGCCGAUCUCAGAACAUACAACCGUGCUGAUGUUGCUCAGGGUGGUGCAUUUGAUCAGGAUGACCAAAGAAUGUAUGAGAAGACAUCUGGCCAAGCCCAUCAUGACAGCCAGAUGUCUCUUCUGCCUGAACAAAGAACUUCCCUACAGAUUGAACACAGAGGGUCCAGCCAGGCUGAAGGAAGAGCUGAUGGACAGAUUGACCGCAGAAUGUCCAACCAGACUGAAGGAAGUUCUUCUGAGCAGAUUGACAGUAGGGUGUCUAACCAGUCUGACCAAAGAACUUCUGAACAGAUUAACCAUAGAUUGUCUGUCUCAUCUGAACCAAGAGCCUCUGGACAGAUUGACCCCAGAAUGUCCAGCCAAGCUGAACAAAGAACUUCUGAACAGAUUGACAGCAGAUUGUGUGGCCUGGUUAAACGAAGAACUUCUGAACUGAUUGGCUAUAUACCGUCUAACCAGGUUGACUCCAGAACGUCUAUAAAGACUCACCACGAAGUAUGCGAGGAAGCUAUUGAACUAGCUGAACAGCAAACUGCUGACCAGGCUGAAAGUAACGCCGAUCACCUUACAGUGGACAAGACUGACUCCAGUGACUAUUACAAGGUUGACCACUUAAUGGAUGAAGAGAAUUACCCCAGAGAAGACUAUCUGGCUGACUAUGGAGCACCUGGCCAGUAUGAUGACAGAAUAUUUACCCAAUCUGGGGGCAAUAAGGAGUCCAAAGAAGCUGAAUUCAGAGUAGAACCCUGCAAAUUUGAGGCCAGAGGAAUAGACCAGGACAGUUCCCCAGUUUCAACUGAAACUGACACAGAAAGUGUAACUGACCUGCAAGCAUUUGACUCAUUUAAUACCAGAUUCACCAGUAACUUCCAAGCAAAAGACCAAGCCUAUUCCCAGAGAUUUCCCUGUAUCUCAUCCAAGCUGGACUAUACCAUCGGUCAAGAAAAAACUAAAGCCACAGAAACCAAGCCUGGUAUAUUUCUAUUGCAGGAUGAUAUUCCAGAAUACCAAGAAGGAAAGAGGCCUCUUGGAUACAGUCAGACUUCUAGGAGACAAUUCCCUCCUAUCGUAUACGAAGAUCCUUAUCAAGUUGCACUACGAUACAUGGAGAAACACCACAUUCUGCAAAUAUUCCAGCAGAUCACUGAAAACUUAGUCUAUGAAAAGCCAGAGGACCCCCUGAGUUUUAUGCUGUACCAGGAUUUCAGCUCCAUCAUCUCAACUCAAGGGUCUGCAGGGUUCCUGUUGGGUUCUCUUUUCCUACACACUAAGGCCAGGAAAUUUUCUGAAAACUGUAAGGUACAGGAAAUGAUAGAAAACAGAGACAAAUGUGAAACCUACAAAGAAUGAAUUUCUCCUCAACAUUGUUUACAACCCUCAGUAUCUACACUAUGUUCUGUUUCUCACUCUGAAAAAUGAUUUUGAAUGGUCAUUGGUAGUGA